GGUUUGCAACAUACGUUGCCGAGCCUCAGUGGGUAUGCAUCUGCUCCGCCGCCCAUCUGUACCUUGUUCGGUGCAUUCAGUAAUAUUCCGCAAUGGGAUUAAGUCCAACCUUCACAAGCAAAUGAAGAGCUUCUUCCCUGCCUGCAUCCACGUGGCCAUUUCCCUAAUACCCCCACCUUUGCCGCACGUCUUCGCCUCUGCUUCGUAGACAUUGCUGAUCUCCCCCACCAUUCCUGAUAAAUAAUUUUGACGGGAUCGGACACCUCGGCGACGGACGGCUUCAACGUCACACAACUUAAGGUCUCAGAUAAUUUGCAGUAGGCCUAGCGCGCACCUAGUUCCAUUUCCAAAUCAUCUUCCACCUUCGAUCUCUUCUAUCUAGAGACAUGAGCGUUCCUACAUUGGUUCCUCCGGAGGACGAAGGCUC